AUGGCUGAUCCUGGGCCCAGAAGCAGGAUCCACAGCUCCCUGAGUCUCGCCUGCUCCCUGUUCAUUGUGGGAAUAUGCUAUGUGUCUCCCGUUUUCUGCCACAGUCAGACAGACCUGCUGACUCUUAACCAAGCCGAUCCGCAGUGCUGGGAGUCCUCCUCCAUGCUCCUUCUGGAGAUGCGGAAGCCUCGUGUUUCUAACACUGUCUCUGGCUUUUGGGAUUUUAUGAUCUACCUGAAGUCAUCUGAGAACUUGAAGCAUGGGGCACUAUUUUGGGAUCUGGCCCAACUCUUCUGGGACAUCUAUGUAGACUGUGUCCUCUCCAGGAACCAUGGCUUAGGAAGGAGAGAAUUGACUGGAGAAGAAGAGAAAGUCUCGAAAGUGCUGACGAGACAUUCAGGGAUUAAACAAGGUGCAUAUUCUCAGCUCCUUAGAACCCUUUUCUUAAAGAAGAAAGAAUUGAUUGAAGAUUUGACAAGCAUGCAAAUGCAAAAGCGGGGCUCAAGGUUCACAGGAAAAAAGAAGCUGGAAGUAAAGAGAAAAUAAAGCUACUUUUAGAGCUAACUUGCACUUGCAACUAAGAGAGAGAGAGAGAGAGAGAGAGAGAGAGAGAGAGAGAGAGAGAGAGAGAGAGAAUAUUUUCCUAUCAACUAUUUAUGUAUUUUAAGCGGUGUAAAUGUCCAGAGAUGAAUACCAUGUCAAAUUCUCUAAGAAUCCUAUUUUCAGCAUCUUGAUCAUUAGCUGGACUCUUCUCAUGGUAAUAACUGAUUGACCACCCCACUGUCUACAGGAGCUAAAGAACUUCCAAAGAUGACUGGGGAUGUGGGCCUUGUCUCUUUAGAGUUUGAUACUUUGCCUGGCAGCGUGGAUGAACUAGAGGGCCACAUAUUUAGCUAGCAUAAGCCACACAAAUCACAAGCCAUUAACUGCCGCAUGGUUUAUGAAACUGGUGUGGAAGGACUGUACGCAUGAAUGAGAUUGCUGAUGGUCUGCAAUUCUCAGCCUCAUCUGAGAGAAUAGUUUUGAAUAUGGAAUGAAGAAAAACACCACAGGGGAAUAAAACAUUCAUCUAAUGAAAACAAAAUUAAUAAAAGCUUUGGCUCCCAA